AUGUGGCCGAACGCUAUGAGAUUCGCCCACCCGAAGAGUUCGUUGCCCACAGACUGGAUCGAACACGAGGGCUUCUCCGUCCUCGACAGUGUGCUGGAAUCCCUCCGAUAUGUGGUGGUGAACCAGGUUCCUGCCCCCCGAGUUUUCGAAGUCGCAGUGGACAAUGCGGCUUCGGGGAAAUUGCCGGAGAUGGAUCGCAAAGUUAUAGCCGGCCUUCUGAAGAAAGGCUGUGCAAAAGUACGCCGGCUGCGAGCAAAGACAGAGAUGGAUGGUUGGCUGCAGAAGAAAAAGAAGCCUAAGACGGGCCGCAAUAAGGUUGGCGAAGAGAUCGAUGCUAUGCUUGACGAGAUUGAUAAUGAAGCUCCGCCUGACUGGGAUGAGAUUGAAGAGAACAAAAAGCUGGAGGAGCAGUUUGGUGACUUGAGCCGUUUUACGGCUGAGGAGGUUGAGGACCUGAUGGGAUGCUUGAGUUCUCCAGAGAUGAUUGAUGAGCCGCAGUCUAGCGAUCCUGCAGAUCGUGAGCCCGAGGCGGGCGAUGGAGAUCGUGAGCCCAAGGCGGGCGAUGGAGAUCGUGGGCCCAAUGCGGGCGCUGCCCAGCAGAAGUACGCAGAGGCUCAUUUGAAGAUCUUUGGGUCCGAUGCCAUCACGUUGGAUGAUAGUUCCAGUGAAACCGAUCUGGCUACGAUGGAAGCUUUAGUGGAGCAGAGAAAUUUUGUGCAUCCAGAUGCCGUUGCCGCCGAAAAGGAGGAGCAAGGAUUGGAUACUUCCAAGGGCAAUGCCAAGAAAAGGGCCAGCGGGGACACGAUUCCGGCUGAUGAGGAGGAUAAGAAGAAGAAAAAAGGAAAGAAGGCUCCGGAGGAGCCCAACAAGACUUUCGCCGGUGGGGCAAAAUUUUGUUGUUGGGAGCGGGCGCCCCCCCAAAGAGGGGGGUGGAUGAGCGACGACGACACGAGCCUUGGCGAUUCCAUCGCCCGGCCGUCAGAGCUGCGCCGUCUUGAGGAGACGGUGCUUGAUCAGUUGUCGCUUCUGCAGAUUCGAGUGACUCGUCUCGAAGCAAGCCUGCAUCCCUUGAGUGCUGCCAGCUGUAGCGACGACAGCGGGUCUUCUUUGGCUUUUCUUGACUUAGGGGAUAUCGCAUAUACUCCCCGUGCAUUGGCGCUUGUCUUCAGCUUCAUUUGUCCUGCUGACAGAGCUGCUGUUCUGCAAAGUGCAUUGUUCGUCUUGGAGCCUGCCCGCACCAGUGCGUCCGGCGCGGCGUCGCCUGCUGCAGCAGGCCACGAGGCCGCCUCCAGCAUCAAUGGGGCUGAUCCUGAUCACUCGGUUUCUGUUCAGGGGGAGGAGCCUAGUGAUGAUGCAGCCAGUGUCAAUGCAUGGAGCCUGUUGGCUCCCCUGGGCCCGACUACCCCUGCUGCAGUGCCUGAGGAAAGCCACGAGGAUCCUUCCUUUUGGCUGUCGGAGCCUUUUAGUCCCAUAGCCUACGACCCUGCACACGACCCCGACCUUAGGGACCCUACUUCGGACUUAGGUUCCUUUGACAUGGUUCAAAAUGGGGAACGUGAGAGGUCUCUUGACCCCGAGGACAUUUGGUAUGAUUCGGUGCGAGAUCAUUCCUUAGAUGCGGCCCUGGCUGAAGGCGACAGAGAGGAGGUCGAAGUCAGCUGUGAAGAGGACCCUCUUCUUCCCGUCGAGCCACCAGCCUUCAAGCGUGUCUGUGAAGAUGCCCGGUGGGCCGAGGUGGCCCAGGAGGCUAAGUUCAGGCGAGUGUGUCAAGACUUGCCCAAAUUGCCCUGGGAGCAAGGAGCCUGGGCCUGCAUCUUUGGAACCGAGAGAAACAUGUUGGACGACGCCCUUAGGAGCAGUGUGCAAGCCUCCUACGGUUCCGAGGAGGCUGGUCAGCUGCCGCCUGAGAACUUGCCUUCAUCUUCAGCCUUUCUUGAGGGGAGGGAGCACGCCAUAAAGAGAUUGCGAGCCCUCAUCAUGUAUGAUCCGGACACCACCUUUUUGGGAAUGGUAGUGGCGAAGGAGGCGGCAAGCCUAGCUGAUGAUGAGGCUCUUUCAUAUUCCUUCACCUGUGCCUUUGCAAAGAGUGCCUCAGGCUCUCUCAUAAAGAGGGCAGGAUCCCUUGACCGUUUUGGCAAGUGGAUUCUCUGCAGCAGAGGGAUCUCGCCUCUCAGAUGCUCCGAGGUUGAUCUUUUUGCUUAUUUCUCGCACUUACAGAGCGAAGGAGCGGGAGCCACAUCAUGUCAGCAUUGCGUGGAGGCACUUCGGUUUCUUCAUGGCGUUGCAGUGUUUCAAGUGCUUGACCUUGAGGAAGUAUUCAGUGCCAGAGUACUGGGUAUUGUGAGGAUCAUGCAUGUAACAAAGGCUCCUUUAGCUCAACGGCCCCCGUUGUCGGUGGAGCACUUGUCCCUAUUGGAGCAGUUCGUUAUCAUGAACAAGGAUCACCGCGCCUGUGUGGUAGGCCAGUUGGUUUUCUGCGCACAUGCUUGUGCCCGAUGGGCGGACAGUCAACGGGUGCAGAGCCUGACCUUGGAGAGUGAUGAUGAAAGUGGAGUGGUCUUGAUUGUGGCUGGGGCUCUUGGCUCCAAAACGGCAAUCUCUGCUGAAGCACGGACGCGGCUUUUGCCGUACGUCGCCCUGGGAAAAGGGGUGAGCAACGUGCCCUGGGCUGAGGCCUGGAUGGAGGCCCGUGAGGCAAUGGGGCUGCAGGCCGGAGGUGCUUUCCUCCUCCCAACCUGGAGUGAGCGAAAAUAUGACUGGGGUGAUUUUGAAAUGGGGGCUGCGGAGGCCACCAACUACCUCAGGGAGGCGCUCAUAGCCAUGGGUUGCGAUCUGAAAGAAGUCCAGGGUUAUGGCAGCCACAGCAUGAAAUCUACCGUCCUUACCUGGUGCGGUCGCAGCACGAUCAUUCCUUUCACUGAGCCGGAACAGCGUGCGCUUGGACAUCAUUUGGAUCCGACCAGCAAAUCUCCUUUGACUUAUAGCAGAGAAUAUUACCUGAAGCUGUAUGCAAAGGUGCUGGCCGUCUUUUCCACCAUCCAGCAAGGGCGCUUCAAGCCUGACUUGCCAGGAGCUGCUAGUGUUGCUGCUAUGGCUCAGUCCUUUGAAGAGGGCACUGACAGGGGCUCGAGCCGGCUUGAUAUUCCAACAUCCAAGCUGCUCGAAAGAAUGGAUGAGGCCGGGGAGUCGGACGACUCCGAUCAUGCUUCGAUCGACUUGGAAAGAGAGCUUGAACAGGAGGACGGUCGCAACGACAGCAAGCUAGGAUCACAGACGGGUACCAUUGCAUGGGUGGCGCCUGAAAAGUGUGCUUCACGAGCAGAUGAGAUGCAAAGCAACAAAAAGGAUAAAGCAUUGCAGCUUAUGCCGGAUGGACAGAUUAAGAUCAACUCCAAGGCGGCAGAGGUUAGGUGUGAAGCUAGCACUGACUCCAAGCUUCGUGCGGCUUGGCAGCGGCGGUCCCUGGCUAUGGACGUACGGGUGGACUUGUCCACUGGUGUUUUGCAAAUGGAAAACGGUUUCCUUUCUUUUGGUAAAACUGGAAAGUUUUCCUUUAUUCGCUUUUGCCAGUGCCUGCAUCGUCUUGCCUCGGUACAUGUCGUGAAGCUCUGUGCAUCCGCACUCCGCUUUGGAUCAAGUUGCAGCGAAGUGAACCGGACUGCACUGACGGGCCGUGCUGCCCGGACGGGCCCACUGACCCUGAUGACAGGUCUCGCUUGGGCGGGCCACGUGGUGGCCCAUAUGCUGAUCGUAGACUGCCUGGGGCCCCCGGCACUGCCGGCCCGCGCAGCCCCUUUCACACCGCCGUUUCAGGCCUUGCCUGAGCUUCAGGCGGCACCUCCAUUGCCCAAUCCGCAAGGAAUGGUGGUGUCGGUAUCGAACAAGCGCCCGCGCGCCAGCAAGCAGGAUGGUCGCGGGAUGCAGGCCAUUCGUGCACACUCAGCGGCCUGCUCUCAGAUUGCUGUGAACCUCAUGCUGCAGCUUCUUGCCUUCUUGGGGUCUGAAUCUAGCUUUUUCUCCGCCAUCCAAUCAGCAGUGCAUUUCGAUGCACACGUGCGCCGUGUACUUGCAGGUUUUGCCGCAACGACUGUCAUCAGGUACAUCACUACCUUUAACUCCUUUGCUAAAGCUUGUGAGGACUUGGAUGUGUGUCUUCUUGAGAUUACUGCAGUGCAAGCGGCCGACAUCUUGGUCACUUUGCAGCUUCAAAGACAGGAGGAUCCGACUGUCGGAUCGUCGGCAAUCACUUGCAUCAAGGCCGUACGGUGGGUUUGCAAGAACACCCAGUGCAUUGUGUUUGAGGUUUUCUUUGGCGAGCUGAUUUCAUCCUUCUUGAAGACCAAAUUGCCUAAGGACCGCAGGGAGAGCCUACCCCUGCCGCUGUAUGCUCUUGUGCAGUGGGAACGGCGCAUCCUUCAGCGCUCCACCCCAGUGCGGGACAUAGUACUGCUCGGUGCUUUUUUGGUCACAUGUUGGGCGAGUCUUCGCUUUGCUGACAGCCAGCGCAUCGAAUGGAGCUCAUUUGCUUUCGACGUGGUUUCGCUUCGGGCCAUUGCAUACCAGACGAAAACUUCGCAUCAGGGCCAACCCUUCGGCCUAAUCACUCAAGGCUUCUUGCAUCAUGGCACACACUCCUGGGUGGCUAGGUGGCUCCGGGUUCUUGAUUCCAUCGCUUCGCAGGAGGUGCGCGACUUUGGGGUGGCUCCUAGCUUUCUGUUUCCGGCACUGGACGAUGACGCCGAGUUGCUCCGGCCCCUGGAGCCGAUGAGUUACCCUUCAUGCUUGCGCUGGUUGCGCUAUUACUUGCAGUUUCCUUGGAUGGUGUCUCCACCCGAGGUGCCGGACAUCCGCGGCCCAGACAGGGACGCCAUUGCACCGUGGAGCACAGCUGCCUAUGGCACCGAUCCCUUUUACUUUGGAAGCCUUCAGCAAAGAGAUCGACACGGGUCUGCCCUCGAUCAGCCGCUUCAGGCCCGAACGGUAGUUUUUGCCGACCGCUGCUCUCGCACCAUGGCAGAUGAAUUGUUCGAUGCUAAAUCCGCGGAUGGAUCAUUCAAUCUGGUGAAUCCUUCACCGUGCCCGCUUAAAGCAGAGGGAGCCUCAAGCUUCAAUCAGCUCCUUCAGGAUCACGGCAUCAGCCAGGAGCUCACGGAUCGGCUGCUCGCCGACGGUUGGGAUGCGAAAUCUUUUCGCCAUGUUGUCUGCCAGGAAUCUGAGCUUGCGGGGGUCCUCCCUGAGAUGUUCCCGGACACUGAAGUGUCCUUGAUGCAGCGUGCCAAGCUGCGAGCCGUCUGGUCGUCGCUGCAGCGACGCGGUAGUAACGAUCCUGCUCCUGCAGAACCGCUGGGAUCCCCGGCCAAGCAGGGCUCGGGAUGGUCGGAAGCCUUCGCGCCCAAGCUUGACGCAACGCGGGUGGCCACACUCAAAAAACGUUUCUUGGAGGCCUUCCCAUCCGAAAUCUUGACGGCUAUGAAUACCCCCUCGCUCCGCCUCUUGAGCACUGCUGUCGACGCCGAGGUUAAGAAGAACUGGUCUUGGAUCCCGUGGAAGAGUCGCAUGACGCAACAGAUGUAUGAGGAUUCCCUCAUGCAGAAGCCCGCAAAAAGGGCCAGGAUUGAGACCCUUCAGCUUUCGGACCUGUUGCUUGAUGAACCGCCACAGAUUGAUAUCAAUGAUUCCACCAUGGGGAUUUCAAUGAUCCGUAGGCUGUUGGAGGUGCAUGACAAUGCCCUCGCUCUUGCAGGCACCGCGCAUCUUGCGCGCCUCAAAGCUUACACCUCUAAGUUCUUGAGCCUGGUUUCGCAAAAAUUCCCGCCAGAAACAAACCUUCGGCCCCCCUCUGUGCUGGAAGCUCAGCAGGCGGACAAACACUUGUGGUCGUGCAUCUUUCAACUUGUGAUCGAGAAAGAAUGGCAGGUGAAUGAUGCGAUCUACGAGUUCACGGAGAUCCGUGGCGAUAUGUCGUCAUGGCUGCAGCCCCGCGCCAAAGCUGCCUCGGCAGGCAAUCGUAGGCCGUAUGCACCGGGCGGCCGUGACAACCGCCCGCCCACCCCACCGCCAGGUCGUGGCAAUGGCAAGGGAAAGGGGAAAGCCAAGAGCCCCACCAAGCAAGGCACCCAGCCUAGGGGCGUUCCGUGGGUUCGCGAGUACAAGGAGGGCGGCCAGGUGAAAAAAUUGUGCAUUGGGUGGCAGAUCGGGAAAUGCCAGCGUGGCAACUCCUGCGAGUUCACGCACGGCUGUGUUGCCGGGUCCAUCCACAGCUGGGGGGAGCUGCCUGCUCCCCCGCCACUGCCACCGCCGUUCGCCGUGCUCACAUCAUUUCCGGUCACCAUCGCCCUGCCUGAGCUUUGCAGGGACCUGAAUGCCCUAUUCAGGUUCCUCUUUCCAAACGAGCACUGGAACGCUUUGUGUGUCUCGCGCAAUGGCCUCAGUGCGCUGCAUUCCGACUCAGCGAACAUUCCUGGCUCACGCAAUUUGUCACUCUCGCUGGGCGCCUUCUCGGGUGGCCAUCUGUGGAUUGAGGACCUCUCCUGCCUCUCGCAAGGCCAGCCGACAUCAGUUGCAUCUGGCUCGGGCUGGCUGCAUGGCUGUGCUAUCGACACACAUCGCAAAGCCAUUAGCUUCGAUGGCCGCAUUAGACACAUGACACUUCCUUUCUCAGGAGAGCGUUGGGCCCUCACAGCCUUUUCCCUGCCUGACGUGUGUUGUGCCGAACUUGAGCGUCCGCAGAUGUUCCUCCUGCGCAACAUCUCCCUUCAGCACAGCCAAUGCCCGGCGCGUCUUUUUCUCGAGAUCACAUGGAACAAUCACUCGCGCCAUCAACUUAGCAUGGCUGUCCGUGCUUCAGGUGGAAACUCCCUCACCCUAAGCCCCAGCCUUGACCCGACCCUGGAUGUCCUUUGCCCAGACCUCCUCGAGCAGGUCCUCUUCCUUUGCGGCUCGGGAGCGGUCGCGUAUCUUGCAGCAUCGCCACUAGCCGAGUCAGCAGACUCGCCUGACGACGUGGGUUCCUCCUCGUGGCUGCUAUCGGCAAUGCACGAGCAAACGGCGGCGGCAAAGGUUUCCCGUUGCACCUGGCUCCUCAGCAUUGUACACACUGCAGGGGGUCAAGGGCAUUUGGAAUUGCCCCCCACUUCUUCUUACUGGUCGUCUGAGCGGCCCCAGGCCUGGCUGCAUCAGGGGAACUGUGCUCUGAUCUUGAUACCCCCAUUGCUGUACUCAGACUCAGCUUUUCCGUGCCAGCCCCAGCUUUUGGCUGCUUCUUACCGCCCGCUUUCCGCCCUGGCGGUCAGCUCGCCCGCCUUCGCUCCCCCGCAAUGCGCAAGUGCAUUUGCAUCUUCGUUUGCCACGAUCGCUGCCCCUCUGCUCCCGGCAGAGGGCCGCGAGCUAUCCCUGCAGUCAGUCAUCAAGUCUAUCCCACGCAAAGGCCUUUUCGCAGGCCCUCAUGCACUUCAUGAUGGUGCUGGAAAACGCUCCAUUGCCGAUUGGAGCAGCCCUGCAAGCCAUGAUGCAUUUCGGGGAUUACGCAAAGCCCUGUUGCAAUUCUGCAUCUCAGCUCGAGCCGACAAACGCUUGCUUGCUCGCGGUUCCUGCCCGUCCAAUGAACCGCUUUUCAGCUCUUCCGAAGUGUCCGCAGCCAGGGAUCUGGUGUUUCCUUCGCUGGGUAUGCAGACCCCGGAUAACGCUUGGUAUGUGCAUCCAUACCAACCCAUGUGCUUGCACGCAUUUGAAGCCCUGGCACAACAUUGUGGCGAUCAGGACAUUCAUCUGUUUCCGCAUUUGCGUAUGGGUGUGCCCACCGGGUACCUGAAUGACAUCCCCCCUUCCAACUGUUUCUGGCCUCCCAAAGGCCAAUCAGGGGAGCUGAUUCCAUUGGCGCUCAAUCUUGAAAACUGGAAGUCGGCCGAUGUGGCUCCUGAGGUCACUUCGCGCUUGCUUCAAGAGGAGUUGGACGCGGGAUACUGCUUUAAGUUUGAAGGCACACUUGAGGAGGCGAAAAGUAGAUGGCCCGUUGGCCUAGCACUGGGGAAAUUGGGGGUUGUUAGGGCUCCGGGGAGGGCCGAACGACUCGUGUUGGACAACAGCGUAGCUGGGACCAAUUCUCAGUGCACAGUGCCGGAACGUCAAUGUUUCCCGAGCAUACACGAUGUUUCGCAUUCUUUCCCGAUUCGCGAGACUUCCGACCGCCAGAUGGCCAUUUGCAUUGAUGUCAAGCAGGCGCACAAGCGCUGCCGCAUCCGCGACUCCGAGCAGGGCCUGCUCGGCUUCACUUGGCACAACGCGCUAUACUUUUUUCGCUGCUGCCCAUUCGGAGCAGUUUUCUCACAGCAUUGGUGGGGUCGCGUGGGCGGGUGCACUUUGCGCCUGUUACAUACCCUGCUGUUCCUGGCCCAUGUGGGCCUCCUUUUCGUGGACGACUUCAUUUUCAGCCAAGCGGCCAGCCUCAUGCCGCUCUCGGGAGCUGUGAUAUGCCUCUUUCUUCAGAUCCUGGGCGUUCCAGUCAGUUGGAAAAAAUUACAAAUUUCUUGCCGGGUCAAUUGGAUUGGAUGGCGGUUGUGCUUCUCUUCGGGUACGGUUAGUCUCAGGGAAGAAAAACGCUUGCGGCUCCUUGAACAAGUGCGUUCCCUUCUGAGGGGCGGGGGCCGUAUCUCCACCAAGGAACUGGAAUCCUUUCUGGGCCUUGCCAUGUGGGCCUGUGCACUCUUCCCCACUAUGCGUGCCAUGAUGCACCCUUUCUACAAAGACCUUUGGUCUCCGGCUGCCUUCGAGCGUUGGUUGCAACACGUGGCACCACUCGCCAGCAUGCGCCCAUCUCAGGUUGCAGACGUUGAGGCCUUCGCCGAUGCAUCGGAAUUUGAAGCAGCAGGCGUUCCUUUCGGCAAUGACCUGGCUAAGGAGAUAGCCAGUUGUGAAGCCCUGGCUCAGGUCCCGGAAGGGUAUGCGCCCAUCCAGUUGAGGCAGAUGGUGACUGCAGACAAGCGUCUGUUCAUGCUUGCUGCCGAGAGCUUGCCUGCAGACCUCAGGGCCAGUCGGCCCGGAGACAAGACACCGCUUGAUAAUCAGAUUGUCACGCUGAUGUUCUCACCCGAGAUAUCCCAGUACCUCGUGCCAAUGCCCAAGCCGCAUGUCCCUCCCCCGCCUCCGGGGGGUAAGGCCUUGGCUGAUUCGUUGAAGCGAGCCCUUGGUCAGGACUUGCCCUUUGAUAAGAACUUCUUGAGUCGCGCGUGGAAGAAGGGCAAGGGCGGUAAGGGUGGAAAGGGCACCGAUAAGGAAGAGGAUCCCGCCAAGCGAUUCAACCUUCCCGAGGGCUGUUGUGAUCGCAAUGACAAGAAUCAGCCACUGUGUUUCCUGUGGAAUCAGGGAAAAUGUAAGUGGAAGGGCAAAGGAAAGCGCUGCAACAGGGGUUUCCAUCAGUGCGGAAGAGUCAUCGUGGAAGACCCUGAAGGGGAGCACCACAUCACCCAUGAGGGCCGCGAUUUUCGUGGCCGCGCUAUCUCCUUUCGUGAUGGAAUGCUGCGGUUCGCGGCGCGAGAGGUCGUGCACUGGACCGAGCCCUGGCUCGGUACAAGAGUGAUUCUGGUGUCGUACACGGAUGGUCCGCCCUCCGCUUCGGCGGGUGAAACCCCUUUUGCCCUGGAACUUUUCUCGGGGAGGGGGCGGCUUUCGCAGUGCUUAAGACAAGCUGGCUUCACCGUUGUGUCCGUUGACCACAAGCUAGCUCACAGCCUUGUACCAGUUUGCAAGUCGGAUUUGGCCACCCGCUCUGGUCAAGCUUUCGUGUGGUCGCUUCUUGAAUCCUGUUGCCCGGCCUUUGUCCAUCUGGGCCUGCCUUCUGACACCGCCACCAUUCGUGGUUCCUCGUCAGGCGGGCUGCGCUCUUCGCAACACCCUUUGGGCUGCCCUGACUUGAAGGCCGAUAGUGUUGAGGCCAAACGCGUUGAGGAAGCCAACAGGAUGUAUCGCUUCGCUUUUGAGGUCGCCUGUUUCUGCCUUGCCAAGGGCGUCCCCUUUUGCAUCGAGAACCCUCCUGGUUCUCGAUUGUGGCAAAUCCUGACAGGUUUCGCCCAGGCCUUAAAGGACCCUGAAAUGUCAGCCAAGUGGCAAGCCCUGCAAUCGGUUGAGCUACACUGUUGCAUGUUUGGAGGUGCCCGUGCUAGGCCCCUGCGGCUUAAAUGUACUGCGGGCCUUUUCGACUGCCUUGCCCUCUUGUGCGACAAGAAACAUGAGCAUAAGCCCUGGUCCCUCUCUCGUUCUCGUUUGGAGGUGGCUGAAGAUGCUGCAUACCCUCUCGACUUGUGUCGGCGUAUGGUCGCAGCCUUGCUCUCUUUUAUGAGCAAGGCCGGAAAGUCCCUCCCGUGUGCCGUCCGCUUGCAUGACCAGUCAUUGGCGUCCGUUGGAGUCCAGCCACGUCGCCACAAGCCUCUUAUCCCAGAGUAUAAGUCUGUUGUGCAGGUCCCCGUGGACAGUCCAAUCCCGACUGGUGCAAAGGUGCUCUCUGCCAGCCAGCUUCAGGGGGUGGAUGUGGCUGAUCAAACACCUUCAUCCUCUGGGGCAAUUACCUUGGGCUUCUGGCACUCUCCGAGCGAGUUCUUUCACAAAGCUGAAUCCUUGGCUCACCCCAUGGAUACUACCAGGCCGGUAGCCAUGGUGACAAAGGCAGCAAUCGAUGCCUCCUUGCAGGUAGACCCGAAUACCCUUGCCGAGCAGAGAAAAUCCUUCCUAGGCUACUUGGAAGAAAAGAUUCGCCGCCUUCAGCCCCGUGAGGACGCUUUGCACCAAGGCAUGCCCAAAUAUAUGCAGGAAGUUCUUAAAGGCAAAAACCUGUUGGCCUGGGAAGAACUCUUGAGAGAGACAGGCUACACCGACCUUGAUUGUGUCCGUUUCAUGAAGGAGGGAGUGAGGUUGGUCGGGUGUGAAGAGCAUCCCAAGGACUUUGCAAAGAAGGUCUCCCCUGCAUCCCUGUUGGAGGAGGAACUCAGAACCUCAGCCCGGCAUCGCAGGAACAGCUUGUUGGGUUUAGGGCGAAGCUUCCCCUCUGAGGAGGAUGCAUCUCUGCUAGCCCAGGCUACUGCCGAGGAGGUCGAUGCUGGCUUCCUCCAACAGGGCAUGACUGCUGAAGAGGUCAGUGCUUUCUUCGGUCACGAAGAUUGGGGAGUGGUACGAAGGUUCGUCCUGAUCCAGGAUGGAGGUCGAAAGGUCCGUCCCAUUGAUGACUGUCUGGAAGCGCAAAUCAAUGCGGCUUACACAUCCACCAUUGCUCUGCAGCUUCACGACUCAGAUUAUGUGGCAUCUAUGGCCCUCUUCAUUGCCGAGCGACUGCAGGGCAUCAAGGCCGACAGGCGCACGCCGUGGCACGGCAAGUGCCUAGAUCUUUCAAAGGCAUAUAAACAAAUGGCAGUCCAUCCGCGGGAUCGUGACCUGUGUGUCAUCAUGAUCCAGGAUCAAGAUGGUGUUGCAACUUACCACAUUUGCAAUGCGCUGAUGUUCGGUGCCUCGGCAUCAGUGUUUGCAUUUGUAAGGGUGAGUCGAUCGCUGUGGUGGAUAAUAAACAAGUGCCUGAAAGUGCCAUGUGCCUGCUACUUCGACGAUUAUCCUUUAUUCAACCCAACAUCGUCCGCCACAUCCGUGGACCAGGACGUGUCCCAGCUGCUGGACUUGCUGGGGUGGAGGCAUGCAAAGUCAGGGGCAAAGGGCAAGCCCUUUGACAGUUCCUUCGACGUCCUAGGGACUAGGUUAGAUUUGGGUGAGAUCUUGUCGGGUAAGAUAGUUCUUGCAAAUAAGGUUGGCAGGGCGGAGAAAAUUCUUGAAAAGGUUUCAACGGCAUCCCUCGGGAAUGGGAGCUUCAGGCAAUCCUUGCAGGUCCUCAUCGGACACUUGAAUUUCGCCUCCGGCUUCUUUGCUGGACGGGCCCUGCGACAUGUGGCCUAUGACUUGAACCAACUCUUGAACAAAGAUUGGCUUUCAGCUAAGGACUCGUUAGACGAGCUGGGCAGCCGCAUCUCCCUCAUCCUUCAGAGCACUCCACCCCGUACCUUAAUGUGCAACCGUGUGCGCCAACCAAUUCUGGUGUGGACCGAUGGCUCUUGGGAAAAGGGAAUUGCAGGCAUCGGUGCUGUCGAAUGGGAUCCCAUAGCUUCAAAGGGUGCGGUUUGGGCAGGUCGCAUCCCCAACAGGAUCACUGCACAGUGGUUGAGAACUGAGGACCACACUCAGGAGCAAAUCAUAUCGCAGGUAGAGCUGUACGCCAUGGCCCUUAUCAGGCACCUUCGAAAGGAAGCAUGGACUCACCGCAGGAUCAUCCUCUUCUGUGACAACGAAGCAGCCCGCUUUACAUCCAUCAAGGGUGGCAGCAGCAGCCACAGCAUGAAUCUGCUUGUGCAAGCUUGGGAUCAUCCAAACUUGAGUCACCCAGCAUAUUUGUGGAUUGAGCGUGUGCCCUCUUUCUCGAAUAUCGCUGAUGGCCCUUCACGGGCCGAACCCGAGGAGGCCUUGCAGCUUACCAAUACCAGCUCCUGCCGGGCUUUCGAGACUGAUGCCGAUCUCGAGUCUCUCUUGUUCAGCAGGCGCAGAAAGGAGAUGGGGUGA